GAAGAACGAACAAUAAGCGGACGACGAAGCCGUUAACCUGCAAAAUAAUAACAGUAGCAGUAGCAGCAAUUCAGCCAUUGAUGCAACUUCAAAAAAAUGGCCGGAGGAGACAAAUACAAGGAGUUUGAUUUCCAUCUAAGAUCCUUAUCCCACAGUGCUCGAGACUCCAAUUUCGCCAACGAUCCCGCCUCCGAUCCUUCUCUCCUCAAUUCCGUCAAAAGUCUUUGCGACUUAUGCAUAAGUGAGAAAUCCGAAGAUUUGAUUGCUAGGGUUUAUCCUCAUUUAAAUAGGAUAUUUCAGCGAUGUGUUGCCUCAAUUUCGCAGUCUCAAACAUCCAAUGGCCUUCUUCUAUUGGCUAUACUCCAGUUUUUUCUUGACUUCGGAGAUGUGGUCCUGCAUGACGCUGAUCCUAGUUUACGGACUUUUUUUAAGUCAUGCUUGAGCCGUGAGUUUGCAGACCCUAUUGUUGCAGAAGCAACCCUUGGCUUUCUGAAUGCAAACAAGAAAAAAAUUUCAAGUUCGUUCCCUACUUUGCUUCCCCAGUUUUUCCCGUUAUUGCUGAAGCUAAUUGCAUGGAAUGGGGAGAAAUUGGAAAAAGCAUUUCUUAGAGUAUUUCCCGGUUUGAUUUCCCAGGGGUCAUUUCUUCCACUUUUUCCAUCAAUCAUAGACUUGCCUAUAUUGGUUGUGGCUCUGGAAAAGGUGGAGAAGAGUUCAGGAUCACUGGUGGGCAGUAGCAUAGCUUCGAUACAGAAGAGUACAGCUCCUGAGAUGUUGCUAGCACUCAUGGAUGAAGCGUAUACUGGAUCAACCAUAGGAGAUGGAGGGGUGGACUCUGAAUCUGAGGAUAGCACCACUAUGGCAGUAGCUGAUCCAUUCUUUCUUGAGCUUCUCAAGGAUGAGAACGAUGGUCUAGCUGAACGCCAUUGGGCUUCUCCUGCAGUGGCUGCGGCUCUACAAGCAGCAGUUAGCUCGCCUAUGUCUGAUAGGCUGAAGCAAGCGCUGAGAAUGACGCCUCGGCUGCUUGAUAUGUAUAUUGCUAUAGCGAUCCAUGAAGUCAAUGAUUCUCUAAUAUGUGCUCUGGUUCCCCUACUUAUGGCAAGAUAUUCCAAUUUAUUUCCAGACAAGCUAUUCUUGUACGAGGUUCAAAAGAGGGUCUUAGAGCUCAUGCUUGCAGCCUUUAAUCGAUCUCCUAGUUUCAUUGCACUUCUGAAGAAGCCUAUAGUGGACAGACUUGGAGAAGCUUAUGAUAGUCCGACAAAGACUGAAUUGGCAUUACAAUUAUGCUGGGCAAUUGGGGAGCAUGGAGGUGGUGGUGAAGCCCACAAAGAUGCCGCUCGCGAACUCUUUGAGAGCUUGGAAUUACUUUUGUAUGAAAACCUUUCUUCAAGCCGUCUGGGUCUGCGUGAAUCAGCUCUUGGGUCUGAUACUGCAAAAUUCAGAAAAUCAUCACAAUCAAGAUUAUUGUGUUUCGUUGUGACAGCCAUUGCUAAGCUUGCCACAUAUCACCGUGAGCUUUUGCCCAGGGCCCGUGUAUCCUUGGCAAAGGUUGCACGUUCUCGGAUCUCAGAUGCAAGAGUCUGGAGGCGUGCACGUGAUUAUUUGGGUCUGAUGAAUGAACCUGCUAUAUGUUUGUCUAUCUUGGGCCCAUGUGAAUCUCCAAGUAAAGGGAUGCAGAAACCUGGCACUGUGAAUUGGAGUGAAGGGGGAACUAAAAUGAUUUCCCAUGUUCCAUUUUACAUUUUAGGUGAACAAGAAGGUCCUCCCCAUGAUUACUCAUUUACGGAUAUUCUUCCUGGAAGAUAGUUUGUUGUCAGGAGUUGCUCGUCACGCUUUACACAUAUUCUGGGCGAGUAAAGCUAAGAGAAAAUAAAGAACAAAGUGUUAGAGCAAAGAUGUAAAGAAGUCCAUUUGUAUCCAGUUUUCUACAUCAGACCCAAUGUGCUCCGACCCUUCUCUGAACUCUGCGCAUAGCGGGAGCUUAGUGCACUGAGUUGGCUUCUUUAUCAAAGGGAUGGUUUUGCUUUAUGUUGGAACAUUAGAAUCAAAUGUACAUUAAUCUCUUCUUUGCGUGUAUGAUUUGGUUUUCUGCCCUUUUUACUUUCUGGGUGCAGAGAAGUUUAUUAUCAGCGUAGUAAACUUUUGGUCUAGUGAACGAACGAAAUGAGCCAUUCCGUGUAUAUAUCUUCGACCAACUUUGCUACAAAUCUAAAUGACUUAUGAUAUUGUCCAUAUACUA